AUGAGACUCGGGAUAUUAACGUUGGCAUGCAUCAUCGGGUGUCAUGGAGUUCAGUUCGCCAUUCCCGAUAUCGAUCUGGAGAUAGCCGCUAUCCGCAGGAACGACUAUGUGGCCUACGCUUCACUGCAUGGCAUGGAUCUGACUUUCCACGACGUUGUGACCCCCGAUGGUUGGAUACUCCAACUGUGGAGGGUCACGAGCCCGGAAAUUUAUGACGAGAAACGUUCUGCUCCUGUAAUCGUCUCGCAUGCGUUCAUGGCAUCGGCGUUCGAUUACAUGUGGAAUCUCCGGAACGAGAGCACUGCUUUCGUCCUGGCUGACAACGGGUACGAUGUCUGGCUGACGAAUUAUCGAGCAAACGAGUUCAGUAACGCAGUCUUGGUUGAUGGAAAUCGCACUGAACCGACACCAGAGGAUUAUCUUCGGAGCGGGUGGCAGUAUAUGGCCGAGCGAGACUUGCCAACAAUUAUCGAGAAAGUUCUCGAGGUGACGCAGCAAUCGAAAUUUUAUCUCAUCGGUCAUUCAAUGGGAUGUACGAUAACCUUCGCAUACCUGUCUCAGGAUCACUCCUAUGAUGACAAGCCGGUGUUCAAAUUUCUGCUCGGGAGGCAGCUGGCUGCAACAACUGGCAGCGCAUGGAAGGACUUCCUGGGAUACCUCUUGUCAAGUCUCUGCUACAAUUUACCGUCAGCUUGUUUCUUCACCAGGAGCCCCCAUAUGAAUCAGACUCGUAUCGGUAUCUUCCUCAACAAAACACCCGCGGGUUUCUCUCUCAUCACGAACUAUAACUUCGGUGUGGAGCUCAAUAGAGAUCAUUGGGCUAAGAUUGACUUUCGUGAGAUCCCACAAAGCGGAUUAACCAAUGAGGCAGAGUACAACCAGAGCGAGCCGACGGAAUACGACUUCGCGGCAUUGAGAGUCCCCUACUCGCUUUAUUUUGUCGACAACGAUCAUUUCAACGGAUUACAGACGGCGCUGGAUACGAUUCAGAGGUUGAAUGCCACGGAUUACACAUUCAUCAAAGGAAAUCUGAGUCACGAAGACGCUGUCAUGGGCUUCGACACCCCUUGUUACACAAUCAACGCAAUCCUCGAGAGAUUCGAAGCUCUGGAGAAGCAGAGAGACGACGAUCACGAAAAGUAUCGCGAGAAGGUCUCGAAGUUCGUCGACUCGCUCCCCUUCGAAGAUGGCUGUCCCGAGUGA